AUUUCAGUCCUUUUCGGGGUGUUGUGAUGUGAUUAACCGUAGAUAUGAUGUUUAAGAGCUGCGGUUUCUCCUAUAACAGCUAGCCUCUGUGUAGCGGAGCCCCAGUUGUCAUGGCAUCCAACCAGGGCUCCUCUUCAGUCCCACAGCCCGGCUCGGCCGGCAGCGACGGACUCUUCCGGAAGCCCAGGGACCUCCCUUCCUUGUCCUCCAGACACUACCGACCCCCUCGUUCCCUACCCGAUGUCUGCCCAAAAGAACCCACAGGUGAGGCCCGGGGCCUGUGCGAGGGCCCGUCCGUGGUGGCGGAUCAGCACCGGUGGACGGUCUAUAAUUCGAAGGUGAACCUGCCGGCGGCGUUAAACGACCCGCGGCUGGCCAAGCGCGAGUCCGACUUCUUCACCAAGACGUGGGGCCUGGACUUUGUGGAGACAGAAGUGAUGCCCUCUUUCUACUUACCCAACAUCACCAAAGAGCACUUCAGUCCCUACCUACAGGAGAUGGCUCAGAGAGAAAAAAUUCAUGAGAGAUGUAAGAGCAUCUGUCCCAGCAAAGAUGAGCUUCACUCCGUACCCAAUCUGACGCUAAACCAUGAUAAAGCCAGGGCAGAGCUGGAACAGGUACCGAAGAUUUUCAUGAAGCCUGACUUUGUGCUGAACGACCCCGCGACCUUUAACGCCGUGUUGCCGUGGUCGCAUUUUAGCGUCGCCGGGGGUAAGAACAGCCGGGACGUGGCGUCGUCAAGGCUGCUACAGGAAAAGUUGAGUCACUAUCUGGACGUGGUGGAGGUGAGCAUCGCCCGACAGAUCUCCCUUCGUUCCGAGGCCUUCUUCCACGCCAUGUCCUCCCAGCACGAGCUACAGGACCGUCUCCGGGAGACGGCCGCCGCCGUGGCGACGCUGAGGGCCCGCAUGGCCGCCGUGGACCGUCUCAUGUGCCAGGGCCCGCUGCGAGCCUUGCGCGAGACGUUAACGAGAAACAACUGCGUUAAACUGCACGGCAAGCUGAAGCUGAUGGCGGCGGUGCACCAGACCCAGCCCACGGUGCAGCUGCUGCUCUCAACCGCUGAGUUCGUGGGAGCGCUGGAGCUCAUCGCCACCACCAAAGAGGUGCUACAGCAGGAGCUACAGGGUAUUCACAGCUUCAGGCAUCUGGGUUCACAGCUGUGUGAGAUGGAGAAGUUGAUUGAUAAGAUGAUGGUGGCUGAUUUCACUACCUACGCCCGCAGUGACCUCAACAGAACCUUUGAGGACGACAACCAAGUCCUGGAGAAGGACCGUUUGCAGUCUCUGGUGUUCGGUUUACUCAGACAGAGGAGGCUGGACUUUCUGGACCUGUACAAAGAGGAGAUGAUCCAGGCAGCCAAAGGCAUCGUCAGACAGUGUGUUGUGAAGAUGGUGUCUCAGAUUGAUGAGAUCGAUACGGAUGCUGUUUCUAAGGUGCAGGAUCAGAUCCGUAUGAUGACGUUUCCUCAGUGGUUUGAGUUGCUGCAGAGUGUAUUUGAACACUUUGUCGUCUUCCUGAAGAGGAUAAAGGCUACACUAAGCGUAAUACGUAACGUAGUUCUGGAGGUGCUGGACAGCAGUCAGAGAAACAGGCUCGCUGACGCCUCCACGGCAACGGGGGCGGAGCCUAACAGAGACGAGGAGGAGGAGCCUGGGUACGGCGGCUCCGCCCUUCACUCCGGAGAGGCGGAGCUGGCCUACCUGACCCACGAGGGAGCGUUUAUCAGCGACGCGUUCAACGAAGCAGAAAUGCGACAGCAGCAGCGCAAGGCGAAUCACGCGCAGGCGCGGCCGGACACCGGCGGGAGCGACUCGGCCUCAGCCACCACAGAAUCCUCCUCCAGCAGAGAACACACCACGAACACUACCUCCUCCCUGCCUGGCGGGGGCGCUGUGACCAUUGAGGACAUGAUGCCGUCUGAUCUGGAGUUGGGUCACGUGGCCAAUAACAUUCAGGAGCUUCUUUACACAGCGUCAGACGUCAGCCACGACCGCUGUGUCAAAGUGCUGCUCGCACGAGCCAAGGAUGGUUCGGUGGAGCGGCUGAGCUCGGCUGAGUUUGUGUGUUUGUCUCAGGCGGUCGAGGGCUUCGUUAAGGACACAGAGGAGCUGUGUGGCAGGCGCAGCGUCUCCCUGAGGGGGGCGCUACAGAGCCAGGCCAACCGCUUCGUCCACCGCUUUCACGAGGAGCGCAAGACCAAACUCAGUCUACUACUGGAUAACGAGCGUUGGAAACAGGCAGACGUUCCAGCUGAAUUUCAGGACCUCGUCGACUCCAUCGCCGACGGGAGAAUCACGCUACCUGAGCGCAAAACCACAGGCACUGAGGACAGGAAACCGAGUGACUACCUGUUGGUUGACGGACAGAAGUACGCUGUAGUCGGGACGGUGCUGCUGCUGAUCCGGAUGUUUCUGGAAUACUGUCAGUGCGUGAACGACAUUCCGUCCAUCACAACGGACCUGCUCACACGCCUCUCAGACCUUCUCAAGCACUUCAACUCAAGGAGCUGUCAGCUGGUGCUGGGAGCAGGAGCUUUGCAAAUUGUGGGUCUGAAGACUAUCACUACCAAAAAUCUGGCGCUGGCGUCUCGUUGUCUCCAGCUGGUUGUUCACUAUAUCCCGGUCCUCAGAGCUCACUUUGAGACCAAACUACAGCCCAAACAGUACAACAUCCUCAGGCACUUUGAUCACAUUACCAAGGAUUAUAAUGACCAUAUAGCUGAGAUCUCAGCCAAACUGGUUGCUAUUAUGGAUGGUUUGUUUGAGAAAGCGUUGUCCAAGUACGAGGUGAAAGCGCCUAUGCCUUCCGCCUGUUUCCGGAACGUGUGUAAGCAGAUGAGCAAGAUGCACGAGGCCAUUUACGAUCUCUUACCAGAGGAACAGACACAGAUGUUGUUUCUGAGGAUCAAUGCCAGCUUUAAGAUGCACCUGAAGAGACAGCUGGCCAGGCUGGGAGUCAUCAACGACGGUGGCCCUCAACAAGGGUUGGUUGUGGUGGACGUGUUGUUCUAUGCGGAGAACGUCCAGGCUCUGAGGUCGCUGGAACGGCUGGAUCUCAACAUGACAGAGAUCUGGGAGCAGAAGAGGUGAUGACAACGUCGAUGACGACGAUCGAUCGAGCGAAACGACGAGGCGUGCCGUCGUGUCGGUUGCCGCGGCGACCAACCCUCUGCCGCGACUCGACUUUUCCUGGAGGAAGGGAGGUCCGAGGCCAGAGGAAGGAGGUGAAAACGCGUGGCCCGUCGGCACACGUCAAAAACGAACCUUUUUUUGUUUUUUUGGUUGUUUUUUUUUUUUCCCCAUCACCUCUGCCCUUCAUCACCUCUUGUGCCCUGGAUGGCAGGACCACAUCACCCACACUUCUUCUCCUUCCAAUUCCAGAAAGAACGCUCCCUCCUGGGGCAGGAGAGCCAGGGACCAGCCUGGUCAGGACUGGAC